UGUCAGUUCGUUCCUAAAUUUCACCCGAAAAUGCUGCGAUCGGUUGUGAUUGCGUUGCUGGCUUGUGUAGUUCUUGUACAAAGUCAAACUGCUAGCAGAAUUAAUUCUGAUAAAGAAGCAUCUGAAGGAGACAUCUGUCAGGCCGGGGAUCAUGUCGGUCGAUGCGUGCCAUUGAAAGACUACCCGGAAUAUGCCACAAUACUGAAGAAACCGCUGCGAACUCCGCAGGAAACCGAGUUCCUAUAUGCGCGGUUGUGCGGCUAUACAACCGAUCGGAAAGGACUGGUCUGUCGACCGGUGAAAAUCAACGAGGCUCAGUGUGGAAGACAGUUCACCGAUCGUAUCAUCAAGGGAAACUUGACGGCCCUGGAUGAGUAUCCGUGGAUGGCACUGUUUCAGUAUCGGAAACCGAAGGGUGUGCUUGGUUUCCAUUGCGGAGGAGCGCUGAUAACCAAGCGGUACGUGCUGUCGGCGGCGCACUGCUUCGUGGGACUGCGAUUCGGAUGGGAAGCGGUCAAAGUUAGAUUAGGUGAAUGGGACGUCGAAUCGGAUUUCGACUGUACUGGCAGUGGAAUUGAACGGAACUGUGCUCCACCGGUGCAGGAGUUCGAUCUGGAACGAAUCAUACCGCAUGAAGGAUUUUCAAUCAAGAGUAGCAACAGAGCAAACGAUGUAGCGCUAGUUCGGUUGUCAGGCGAUGCUCAAUAUAGCAAUUUUGUGGUGCCGAUUUGUCUUCCUGAGCCGGGUUGCGUAGCGAAGGUAAAUCGCCUGUUCGACGGUAUAUUAGUCGCAUCCGGAUGGGGAAAGACCGAAAAUGCCUCAGCAAGUCGGUUUAAACUCUACACUAAGUUGCACAGCUCUAAAUUUGAAGAUUGCAAAACGAAUUAUGCUACACGAAAUCGUAUCCCCUUAACAGAAGGGCAUUUCUGUGCAGAAGGAUCUCAUGGGCAGGACACCUGCAAUGGCGACUCUGGAGGACCAUUGAUGAAAGAAAUUAGCGAACAAGGUCGCUACUAUGUGAUUGGUGUUAUCAGUUUUGGUCCAACAAAAUGUGGACAGCUUCUGCCUGGAGUGUACACAAAAGUAGAGCACUACUACAAAUGGAUCGUGAAAAAGAUGAUAGAGACUUCGUGAUAACGUUGCGUAAAACCGUGCAGCACAUUCGAGUAAAAUAAACGAUAAGGUUAACAAGUUCA